GGUAUUUUCUUCAGACUUUUACAAGUUUUUACUUAACAAUCAACCUAUAUGUCCUUAUAUUAAUUCCCUGCGAAUAUUCUCAUUUUAUUUGGAAGAUUCUAGGUCACAGCAGCACCAUCAUGGGAUCCAUGGAAGUAUACAACACAUCCUCUACAGACUUCACCUUGAUGGGACUGUUCAACAAGAAGGACAUCUCAGGCCUUCUCUUUGCCAUUGUCUCUAUCAUCUUUUUCACUGCAUUGAUGGCCAAUGGGAUUAUGAUCUUCCUGAUCCACACUGAUUCACGACUGCACACUCCUAUGUACUUCCUUCUCAGCCAUCUCUCCUUCAUUGACAUGAUGUACAUCUCCACCAUUGUGCCCAAGAUGCUGGUUGAUUAUCUGCUGGGUCAAAGAACCAUAUCCUUUAUGGGGUGCACAGCUCAGCACUUCCUCUACCUCACCCUUGUGGGAGCUGAGUUCUUCCUACUGGGCCUCAUGGCCUAUGACCGCUAUGUGGCCAUCUGUAACCCCCUUCGCUACCCUGUCCUUAUGAGUCGCCAGGUCUGUUGGAUGAUCAUAGCAGGUUCCUGGUUUGGAGGCUUUUUGGAUGGCUUCCUUCUAACUCCCAUAACCAUGACCUUUCCUUUCUGCAACUCCCGGGAAAUUAACCAUUUCUUUUGUGAGGCACCUGCAGUCUUGAGUUUGGCAUGUGCAGACACAGCCCUCUAUGAAACAGUAAUGUAUGUGUGCUGUGUCCUGAUGUUGCUGAUUCCUUUCUCUGUGGUGAUUGCUUCUUAUGCCCAAAUCCUGACAGUCCACCACAUGAGUUCAGUUGAGGGAAGAAAGAAGGCAUUUGCCACCUGUUCAUCUCACAUGACAGUAGUGACCUUGUUCUAUGGGGCUGCCAUGUACACCUAUAUGUUGCCACACUCUUACCAUAGCCCAGCCCAGGAUACAGUCUUCUCUGUGUUCUACACAAUCCUUACACCAAUGCUGAAUCCACUCAUCUACAGUCUGAGGAACAAGGAUGUGACUGGAGCUCUGAAGAGGGCAAUGGGCAGGUUCAAAUGUACACAAAAAGUGUCAGGAGCUGUGUUUUGA